AUGUAAGAUCGCCCCGAAGGACGUCGAAAAUGGCCAAGCAGAUGGAAAGAGCUUUGACCCUUUUACGGAGCGCAAAGUUGAAAAUGCGACAACGGAUUGUGACACUUUAACGCAUUUGUUAAAAGCUUCUCUCGGUACUGGGAUUUUAGCCAUGCCGGUCGCUUUUAAGAGUGCAGGUCUGCUUGUCGGGGUUUUUGCAACGAUACUCGUUGCUUUUGUUUGCACACAUUGUGCAUACAUUCUAGUGAGUAUUUACAAGUGUAAUCCUUUAUUACGAAUAUCUAUAUAA